UGGUGCCUGACCGCUCCCGCCUCCUCCCCCUCCCCACUCAGGCUAGAGGUCUAGUAUUUGGCCCCGGCAGUGUCAGUGUCAGCUAGGGAAGGGGGCAGUGAAGCGCUGGGGUUGGACUCCCGGUGGCAGCCCAGUUGAGGUGCCGGUGCCUGCGCCUCGGGCAGCCAGAGAGAAGGAUGAAGCCGCAGCCGGAGCAGCCCCCUUAUGAUUGGCUGUGGCGGUUGUAAGCCCGGAGUAAAGAUGGCGGGCGGGCCGGUGGCCGCCGCACUGCCCACUUGGAAGAUGGCGGCGCGCCGCAGCCCCAGUGCCCACGGCCGGGAGGUCCUGCGGGUGGUGGCGGGGCUGCUGCUGGUGCUGAGCUGUUGCUGCGGCGGGGGCAGCUGCGCGGGGGCUGGCGAGGCGGAGGAGACAGUGAUCAUCGGGUUGAGGCUGGAAGACACGAACGACGUGUCGUUUAUGGAAGGGGGGGCGCUGCGGGUGAGCGAGCGGACCCGGGUCAAGUUGCGGGUCUACGGGCAGAACAUCAACAACGAGACCUGGUCUCGCAUCGCUUUCACCGAGCACGAGCGGCGGCGUCAGGGCCAUGGGGAGAGGGGGCCCGGGGGCCCCCUGCAGCCGGAGCCGGAGAGCGGCCCCCAGCGCUGCGGCAUCCGCACCUCGGACAUCAUCAUCCUGCCCCACAUCGUCCUUAACCGCCGCACGUCGGGCAUCAUCGAGAUCGAAAUCAAGCCUUUACGCAAGACGGAGAAGAGCAAAUCCUACUACCUGUGCACGUCGCUCUCCACCCCGCCCGUAGCGGCUGGCGGCCCCGGCUCGGCGGGCAGCCCCGUGGGGGGCAAAGGCGGCCGCGGCGUGGCCGGGCUCCCUCCGCCCCCGUGGGCAGAAACCACUUGGAUCUACCACGAUGGCGAGGACACGAAGAUGAUCGUGGGGGAGGAGAAGAAGUUCUUGUUACCUUUCUGGCUGCAGGUGAUCUUCAUCUCGCUGUUGCUCUGCCUCUCGGGGAUGUUCAGCGGCCUCAACCUGGGACUGAUGGCGCUGGACCCCAUGGAGCUGCGCAUCGUGCAGAACUGCGGCACGGAGAAGGAGAAGAAUUACGCCAAGCGCAUCGAGCCGGUGCGCAGGCAGGGCAACUACCUGCUGUGCUCCCUGCUGCUGGGCAACGUGCUGGUCAACACUACCCUCACCAUCCUGCUGGACGACAUCGCGGGCUCCGGCCUGGUGGCCGUGGUGGUUUCCACCAUUGGCAUAGUCAUCUUUGGGGAGAUAGUGCCUCAGGCCAUCUGUUCCCGGCACGGCCUGGCAGUGGGCGCCAACACCAUCUUUCUCACCAAGUUUUUCAUGAUGAUGACCUUUCCCGCUUCCUACCCGGUCAGCAAGCUGCUGGACUGCGUCCUGGGCCAGGAGAUCGGCACAGUCUACAACCGCGAGAAGCUGCUGGAGAUGCUUCGCGUCACCGACCCCUACAACGACCUCGUCAAGGAGGAGCUCAACAUCAUUCAAGGGGCGCUGGAGCUCCGCACCAAGACGGUGGAGGACGUGAUGACUCCGCUGCGGGACUGCUUCAUGAUCACUGGAGAAGCGAUCCUGGAUUUCAACACGAUGUCAGAGAUCAUGGAGAGCGGCUACACUCGCAUCCCGGUGUUCGAAGGGGAGCGCUCCAACAUCGUGGACCUCCUCUUUGUCAAGGACUUGGCUUUCGUUGAUCCUGAUGACUCCACUCCCUUGAAAACCAUCACGAAGUUUUACAAUCACCCCCUGCAUUUCGUUUUCAAUGACACUAAGCUGGACGCCAUGCUGGAAGAGUUUAAGAAAGGUAAAUCUCACCUGGCCAUAGUGCAGCGGGUAAACAAUGAAGGAGAAGGGGAUCCAUUCUAUGAAGUGUUGGGAAUUGUCACUUUGGAAGACGUGAUUGAAGAAAUCAUUAAAUCGGAGAUCCUAGAUGAAACAGACUUGUACACUGAUAAUAGGACUAAAAAGAAAGUGGCCCAUCGGGAAAGGAAGCAAGAUUUCUCUGCCUUCAAGCAGACAGACAGUGAGAUGAAGGUUAAAAUAUCACCACAGCUGCUCCUGGCAAUGCACCGUUUCCUAGCAACAGAAGUAGAAGCAUUUAGCCCGUCCCAGAUGUCAGAGAAGAUCCUUCUAAGGCUGCUAAAACAUCCCAAUGUCAUCCAGGAGCUGAAGUAUGACGAGAAGAACAAGAAAGCCCCAGAAUACUACCUCUACCAGCGAAACAAACCUGUAGACUACUUCGUUCUCAUUUUGCAGGGGAAAGUGGAAGUUGAAGCUGGGAAAGAAGGGAUGAAGUUUGAAGCGAGCGCUUUUUCCUACUAUGGCGUGAUGGCACUCACGGCGGCUCCAGUUCCUUUGUCCCUGUCUCGUACCUUUGUUGUCAACAGAACAGAGUUGUUAGCAGCAGGUUCUCCAGCUGAAAACAAGUCACCUCCUCGUCCGUGUGGCUUGAAUCAUUCUGAUUCUCUCAAUCGAAGUGACCGGAUCGAUGCAGUGACUCCAACACUAGGGAAUAGCAACAACCAGCUUAACUCGUCUUUCCUUCAAGUGUACGUCCCUGAUUACUCAGUGAGAGCCCUCUCAGACAUUCAGUUUGUGAAGAUCACAAGACAGCAGUACCAAAAUGCCUUGAUGGCAUCCCGGAUGGACAAAACUCCUCAGUCUUCAGACAGCGAAAACACUAAAAUUGAACUGACUCUUACAGAGCUGCAUGAUGGGUUGCCAGAUGAAACGGCUAACCUGCUCAAUGAACAGAAUUGUGUGACUCACAGUAAAGCCAAUCACAGUCUGCACAGUGAAGGCGCCAUCUAGGACUUCUCCCCAACCCCUCUCCCCCUUGAUUGUCAUGGUCUGAAGCAGUGUCUCGCUCGUCACUGCUCUCCUCGGUCUCUUCAGCAGGACCCCCUCCGGCCCACUCCCUGUCUGACUGCAGCUAUUAUUAGUAUGUGCUCCUCCGCCGUGCUGCCUCCUGCACCGUUCUGAGACCAAAGACUUUGUGCCCUUCCUGGGGACAGCAGAGGAAGCCAUGCAUGGGAUGGCACAGGAGGCAAAGACACAGAGCCACCUGCCCAGAAACAGGGAGCCCGAUUCCAGGUGUGUGCUUCCUCCGGCUCCAACAGAAUCACGUUUAUUUUUCCGGCCAGACCUUUUAUCCUGGUUCAUUUGCCUCCUUCUUAAAUAAGCAUGAAGAAGUUUAAAAUUGUUGCAAUUUAUUUUUUCAAGAGAUCAUGUUUUUAAAAGUCUUUUGCAGAGUUUUCAAUUGUUUUUGUUCUGUCUGAACUCUGCUGUCAUCCCAUGAACUGAUCCUGAUACGGUGGCUUUUGCCCUUCCAUCCCAGCAGCCUCCUGCGUAGGCAUCACCAUCAUUCCCGUGUGAGUCCCUCUCUACUUGAAGGACACAGUGAAGAAAACUGGGGUCAGUUUAACCACCACAGGACCUACCAAGUUUGCUGUGGUACGGGAGUGGCCAGUGGGGAAACUGACGCUUAGCUGGGCCUCUUUCCCUCAGGAAGUCUUAGAAUUUGAUUUGGAAAUGUGGUAGGGAAUUUUAACAACAAAAUGUGUUUUAUUGGAUUUUAAAUUUGUUGGAUGAUAGAACAACGGGCCUGGGGAAUAUACAGCCUAUCAGACUGGCGUUCAGCCUAGGCAGGGAUCUCAGGUUCAGGUCAGCCUUCCUCCCAACCCUGGGGCAUCCCUCCUCUGAUGAGGAGGGGGAGAGGACAAGGAGACCACCCACCCGUUCCUCAGCUUUAAAGAGUUCUAACUCCCUUCCCCCAAACCUCAUUGUUGUUCAUCCAAGAUGCUGCUAGACUGAUGCCAAAAGGAAAUCUUCUCUGGGGCUUUUCAAUAGAAAUCCAGUAUGGACUCCGCCUCCUCUCUACACUGAAAUCUGCCUAAUUGUCUGAGAAGGCGUUUCCGCUCCAGGUUGUGUUCUUCAAAUAACAGUAUUGGAGCCUCAGUUUCUAAGGGGGUGGGGACUCACUGGGGACCUUUCAGGGAAGCAGCUCUUGAGUUUUCCCUCCUUUCCCUCUUCCUGUUCUUCCUGAUGUCGCUUGGUGGCCAGGGCACGCACAGAGAGCCACCAGCACUCGGGUCAGCGACGCCAUCCCUGUUAGAUGGUCAGCAGAGCUGUGGGACAGGACAGCCUGGGCCCCUCACGGGUUUCCAGAAACCAAAUGCGUAUUAUGGCCAGUAUAUGUGUAUGUUGCUUCUUGUUGACUACCAAAUGCCGUCAUCUAUUGUCAAAUUAAGGCCAAUGGGCAUUGCUUGACUGGUCUGACUUCUGGACAAGCUUAAGGGAAAUGUGCCUUUUGAUGGCAGUAUUCAUAUAUUGAAAUGAAGCAGUGCUGACCCUGGCUUCCAUAUUGACUCUGAGUACAUAUUGCAUCCAGACACUAGCGGCCUAUGUAGCAUUUCCUUCUUUCCUUGUCCAUUUUGUUUAUCCUCCGUUUGACGUUUGAUGUGGUGGGGCUCCCCUAAGGAUAUUUCUAUUCAUUUGGGUUCUGAAUGACCCCCAGCUGUGGUAUAUUGGGUUCAUCCUUUACGUGGAGGGAAGGGAGGGGGGUUUUCUGAGAAGAUGCGUCAUUUCAGCCACAAAAUGUGACAGGAAAUGGAAUGUGUCACUGCCUGAUUAAAUGAGCAGUUGAGUUUAACCCAGUGCAAGGACUUGGUGUUCUCCCCAAACUGCAUUGUUAAGUCCAGGAUCCUCCUCACUGGCAUGGGCUACAACCCUCAGGGAGAAGCUCAGGACAUACUCAAUAAAAGGGAGAAUGUGAUGCCUCCACCUAUUUCAGGUAAAAGGGGAUCCGGGGACAUCCCUCAGCAGGGGUCAGAUCUGCUUAUAGCAAAUUCCCUCCUAGACAAAAGAUUUUCAGCUUCCUGAUGGGCUCUGAAGGGACUGAUGAAUAGAGCAGUUUGUUACCUGUGAAGAGAAGGAAUUGGGAGAGGUACCCGAGAAUGUCCUUUAAUGGAACUGACCUGAGCUCCAAGAUAGAAUACUCAGAGGCAGGCUGCUCUGUUGGUCUUGGAAGACCACUGAUCCUUUGACUCUUCCCAACUUCCUGGAACUUCAGCUUUGCCAGCUCUCAAAGUUCUUUCCCCCAUCUCACCCUAGUCUGUUUCUGUCUUUGCAAAUACAGCCCUGCCCAAGACAAAAUUUCCUAGAGAAAAGCUUCAUGUAUUAAUGGCCAAAAGAGAGCCCUUUCCCCUAAGGUCUAGUGGUUUUGCUGUUGUCUCUGAUCAGAGCAGUCUGUUGGUUGUGAGACAUCCUACACUAUUGUGAGAUUUGGGGGGACAAUCUAACAAAAGCACUUCCUGCUUGCUUGACUUUGGGCCCAGGGUGGCAAAAUCCCUCAAUUAAUUCAUUUUUAUUCAGUGAUAGUUUACUUUUUGAAGAUGUUCUUGUGUGGAGGAACUCAUGGUCAGGAAGUAGUCCUUAAUACAAAUUUUACCAGAUUUCUGUCCCACAUGUUUGGUGAAUAUCAUUUCCAACUCAUUUUCUGGAAAUGAAAGCCAACACUCAUUCAUGAAUAUUAAUAUAAAACAUCAUGUGAUCAAACAUAAUUUCUUUUUGGUUUUUGAAAGUAUUUCUUGACUAAAAUUUGAAUAUAUGAGCACCUCUGGUGUACUAGGGAUUCUGACCACUUUUAGACAAUGCUAAGAGGUCUCAUUCUUCAGUAUCCCCAUUCUGGCCUCAUUUCCACUUUGGGAAUUGACACCAUUAUCCCUCAUUCUGAUGGAGGUACCCAAAGCCAAGCUGAACUCUUUGGUUCAUGCCUCCCCAGGACUGUUUUAAGACUUUCUCCUCCAAUUUCUGCCAGGUAUUAAAUGACAUGGAUCCGUGAUUUAUGUCAACCAAAUAAUUACACCAAGAAGGGGAGGACAGUGUUAGUAACUAGUGUCCAGAACAUCUGGGAAUAAUCCUCUGGGAUUAUUCAGUUGGACUGGAGUCUGCUGAGAAGAAUGAAAAGCAGAUUGGCUUUCUGAGGUCUGAAGGGAUGCCUCCAGCAGACGGGCUCAUUACUGCCCCAGUCCAGGAAUUGGGAGCCAAGGAUAUGUCCAACAGAAACCCUUGAGAGAGGGGAUAGGUUGGGAGCCAGAGCAAGACCAAAUGGUGGGACCAAGAGUUGAAAGGGCGUGAUUCUCUCAGGAACAACAUAGUGAACCACUUCAAUGAUGUGAAAGCCUUACCUGGGGUAGGAUCCCAAGUGCUCUGUCAUUCUCAGGGCCUUCUCCUUUCCUCUACAUCUGGCUCCUGCUCUGUACUCAUCAGACAAGGUGAAUUCCUCACCAAUCAUUGGGAAACAAGGGCACAGGAUUUAGUCUUAGAAAGUUGAGUUGCUAGUCGACUUGAGUCUUAGUCUUUACCAAGUUUGUACUCAUAGGAAAGGAUACAGCAUGUGGCUGUUUUCUACUAAUCCAACUUGGCAGAGUUCUUUGAGUGGCACAGGAAAAUUGAACAGGAGCCCCUGUGUUCAUUUCAGCCUGCAUGAGGUCUUUGCACCUAUUGGCUCAGCACUGUCAGUCUGAAAAGAUCAUUGUGAAAAUGUGAGGUUUUCUAUUUGACCAAACAGACAAAGCACUUGGCAAACAUUUCUUAAGACAAGAAUUUGAAUCCAGUCGAGACCCAGAAAGUUCCCUUCAAGUUUCACAACAUAGGUCCUUAUUUACACAAGGUCAUGGCUCAUUAGCCCUCUAAGCUGGCUCCCUGAGCCUGAUAGUAACAUUUUUAGACAGGCAACUGCAGUUAAGUUCAGGAAGAUAGGCGUUGAUGAAUUGGCAAUAGGGCCCCCAAAUAUCACUUGUCAUUUCAUCCAUUAAUAUGUUUACCAGAAGGACAAUCCCAGCUGGACUUGCUCCCUGGGGUUGGCAGUGGAAAUGCCCUGGAAGGUCUGUAAUGGAAGGAGUUUCACUUUGUCCCUAGUGAUUGAGAAUGGAGAAGUUGAUAAAAGUACAUUUAGAGCAUUGCCCUGGGUUGGUUUUAUCUUCUCAGUGAAUUUUUAAUUGGAAGAAUAAUCCCCUUCUCUGCUCCAAUCCUAGUACCAGAGAGGGAGUAUUCUUAGAUGAAAGUAAAUUUAAGGAAUAGGAAAAGAAAAUAAAGAGAUGGUAGCAUGUGCCUUGUGUGUAUGUGUGUGA